UUCAUAGAGUUUUGCUUAGGGUUAGGGUUAGUUUUUAAUGUCGUUUUUAAUUGUUUAUUUGUUUUUUUAUCCAGGUGUGUUUAAAUAUCUCCCAGAACAACAUAGUGAGAGAGGAGAGGACUCACUAUGAAUAGAUCAGCAGCAAGAGGAUUUCUAGCUUUCCUUCUAUCAGUACCAGUGCUUCAGGGUUAUGAUGACUGGAGAGUUACUUACUCGUCUAGUAAUGUCUGUGCUUUAAGAGGAGCAAUGGUUGACAUCAACUGCAUUUAUAAAUACCCUGACUACGUGCAGUACCGCCCUACCACAGUCAGAACACUGUGGUUUACUAAAGGAGACAACCAUCAGCCAGUUGAUUUGCUAAGUGAUUCAGACUACAGAGAUCGUGUUGAAUCCAUCUGUGGAAAGGUCAGCUGUAUUGGGUCCAGAUGUCAUGGAACAUGUACCCUGAGAAUCAGAGACCUGAGACAGAGUGACUCUGCUGUCUACAAGUUUAGGUUCACAACAAACCAACCAGGUGGGGAAUAUACUGGUGACCCUGGAGUGACGUUAUCUCUAACAGACCUCCAGGUGAAGGUGUCCUUUCCUGACCCUACCGUUCCUACCUGGGCAGAGCUGGAGUGUCACAGUAUGUGUGGUCUAGCUGGUGACCCUCCCUACAUCUGGUUCAGGAAUGGAGACAAUGUAGGACAGGGAGUGAAGUACUGGGCCUACAUUCAGUCUGGAUACAGCUUCUCAUGUGCUGUUGAAGGAUACAAACGUCUCUGCUCUCCUUUAGUGUAUACUCCAAAGACCCCCUCAGUCACCGUGAGUCCCUCUGGUGAAAUAGAGGAGGGCAGUUCAGUGACUCUGAGCUGCAGCAGUGAUGCCAACCCAGCAGCUACCUACACCUGGUUCAGGGUUAAUACAGAUCGUUCCUUCAGAUACAUGAACCAGGGACCACAGCUCGUCUUUAAAUACAUCGUGUCUUCAGACUCUGGACAGUAUCGCUGUGAGGCUCAGAAUACGAUAGGGAAAAGAUAUGUCGACAACACUAUUGAUGUCAAAUAUGGUCCCAAAAACACAUCUUUGUUAUCAAGUCCCUCUGGUGAAAUAGAGGAGGGCAGUUCAGUGAGUCUGAGCUGCAGCAGUGAUGCCAACCCAGCAGCUGAGUACACCUGGUUCAAGAAACAUGAAGACUCAGUGAAAGCAUCAGGACAGAACUACUCCAUCACCAAUAUCACAUCCGAGCUUGGAGGAAGCUAUUACUGCCGAGCACAUAAUGCAAUCGGACAUCAUAACUCCACAUUUUUGAUAAUUAAAGUGAGAUCAUCAUCAUCAUCACUUCCAGCAAUGGUAGCUGUAACAACCAUUGGUGUCCUACUGGCCACCAUACUCCUCCUUGUCUUACUGUGGAUGAGAAGAAAGAGGGCCUCCAUUAAAGCAUGUGGACAGGGAGGAAGGCCAGAUACCGUGGAGGAGCCACUUCCUGUUUCUGUGCGUGAAAACGUCUCAGCUCUGACCAAUCACUUGGCUCCUGCAGCACAGAGAGAACCGAUAGAAGAGCAGGAUGAACCUCACUAUGCCAGCAUCCACACUUCUCGCUCAGAUAACCAGGAAGUUCCUCGCUGUUGGGUUGGCUCUAAUGUCCAAUCAGACCAAGCAGAUGCUGUCUUUUACUCUGUGGUCAACAUUAAGAGACCAAACGCUGUCCCUGGAGAGAGUGACAAGCCAGAGGCGGCAGAAACCUCAGCGUUGUACAGCACCGUCAAAAAACACCCCAGAUAUUGAAAGAGUUGUGGCAGCAGGAUUUAAAUAGUGAUACUAGGUAGAGUGUCUCAUCCAUUUAGUUUAACAGGACAAUACGCUUGCUGCAUUUAUUUUCUUCUUCAUUUUUUAAAUAGGGACAAUGCACAUCAAUUGACAUUUUUAGUUUACACUCAAAAUGUAAAUGUAAAAUGUGCCAGAGUAAGCUAAAAAGCUAUGGUGCUUAAUUACCUGGACUGAUACAUGAUCUGAUGUCUCUUGAUUUUAUUUGACUUAUUUACUAGAUUGUGUAUGUUCCACUUGUGAUGGCCCCAGCGAGGCAACAUCUUAUCCAAGGCCUCUUGCUCUGUUGGAUAUAGCUCUGCUUCAUUGCUACCACCUGCUGGUUACCAGAUGUACUGCACCUGUGAGGUGUUGUCUUAACGAUACCAGCUGCUGGUGACCAGAAUGUACUGCAUCUGUGAGGGGAUGUCUUUUUUAUUUUUUUAUUUAUUAUUUCGCCAUGUACACAGGUACUAGGAAUUCUUUCUCUGCUUUUGACCCAUCCGGGUAGCCGGUGAACACAUACACACACAGAGGUCCACACACAUGGGGGCACACACAUGGUGGCACACACAUGGGGGCACACCGGCACUACCGGAGCAGUGGGCUGCCGCUGUGGGCUGGUGGGCUGGUGCUGUUUACCGGGAUGUACUGCACCUGCUAGGAGAGAUCUCUAGGGACAAUACCUGGCUGGGUUGGUUAGCUAAUCAUCCUUGCCGUCUCCUGGCUGCACUAAAAAUAUUAUAUUUACAGAGGAUUGCCCCUGUUCAUUAUCUUUUUUCACAUUUCAAUAAAAAAAAAUGUACACCAACUCCUUGUGGGACCCAAACAGAACCUUGCAGAACUGAAUCUGAAUAAAUUGCUUAUGCUUAGAGCAUGUGUCUAAAGUUAUUGCUCUUUUAAUGUUUAAAAUCAAAGUUAUUGAUUUUCUUGUUUUCUAUUAAAUUGUGACUUGGCUAAUGCAAAGGUUAUGGAAGUAGGACAGCCUAACAUAAUCCAGCAUAAAUAUAAACACAAAGUAGGCCGACCCACAUUGUAUAUUCAUGAUGAAACCACUCCCCAGUUCCACAAUUAGCCCAUCCAUGCUUGUGUAACGUGACGUGAGUGUUUGGUAUGUGGUGAUCACUCUUUAUGAGAAUAAACAGCAGGAUGGAGACAGAUUACUUUCUCAAGCGGUACUUUACUUUUCUUCACAACUCACAACGACUCCACUUCCUUGUUCGGACCCCUCACGUGACUGAACUAACUAAUCAGAAGCUAGAAGUUAGACUGAGGUAAACGUGAGGAAGAU